AUUGAACAUGUACUUAGGCUGUUUGAAGUCAGAACGGUUUCGCUUUGACGGUUUCACUCCGACUAUGCACUUGAGUUGAGGGAAAGCAUGAGCAGCCAACAGGCGAUUCGCGCGCAGAACGACUACAUUUUCAACCUCCAGGUGCAAGCCGACAAGUACGCGCGCCUCAUCAGCAGCGUGAACCUGCGCAUCAAAACCAUUGACGAGGAAUGGAAAACAGUGCGGGAAAAGCUGGCGGAAUUGCGCCUCAAGCGCAACGAAGGCGACCAGCGGGGCGGCGGCAUCAACGCCGUCAAGUCCAAGAUCAUGAGUGAAAGCCGCGAAGUUGGCAAGCUAGAGAACCGCCUGGCGUCAUGUCGAACGCGCGAGUGCAAAUUGGUGGCCACCAAUACGGAAUUGAAGAAGAAAAUUGACGCCCUUCGCGCGAGUCGACUGUUUAGCCAGUCUGUGUUUGAAAAGAAUCAAAAAAAGUUGCGAGAAAUUCAGCGGCAAAUGCAAGACACGUUCAAGCACUCGACAGCGAUCAUGGCUGAACGGGAUAAAGUGGUGGCGCAGGCGCAAAGUUUGUCCAACAUGAACUUGGAAGAACAAGACGCGUUCGAUGAAAUUUACCAAAACUUGGCGAUUGUGAUUACCCGGGAAAAGGAAAACGCAGAGGCGUUCCGGAAGGAAGCGAUGAAGUCGGAGGCGCUGGACACGCACGAAGACGGGUACUUUCGCGGGAACUUUCGCAUCGACGAAGAGUCGGAAAUGAAACAAACGCUGCAAAAGCUUGACGUGGCGCUUCGAGACGACAAGGCUGCGAUUGAAAGCGUCAGCGAACGGCUUAAAGUACACGAAUCCACAUUCAAAAGCAUCAUGAAACUCGUGGGGUCGGACGACCACCACAAGCUCGUGGACUUGUACACGAAAAAAGAGGAGGAAAACUUUGCCUUGUUUCGCUACGUUCAAGUGCGAGUUUUGCGUCAAUUUUUCAUUAUAUUAUUCACUACUUUUAAUGCAAUACAAACCCAGAACAUCAACAACGAGUGCGAACAGCUGGAAGACCAAACGAUAUCAUUGCAACAUGAGCGCCAAAAGUAUUCCGACGAACUCAAGGAAGGGAGUGCAAACAUGCGCAAACGGCUGAUUGAAAGCUUGGAAGACACGCGCCAAAAAAUUCUCAAGGAAAAUGCCGAUUACGAGCGGCUGCGGCAAACGGCGCAGCGGGAGUUUGGCCCAGUUGCGCGCGCCGUGGACAAACUGUACAACUCGCUCGGGUGCAACGAGAUGAUGCCGCCGUCGGGCGGGCCGGUGGCGCCGACGGGCGUUGGGAAAGCCAACGACGACCGAAAUGCGAUGAUGAUUCGAAUGAGCUCCAUGAACGACCUGUUAGCUGCCCACGGGAUCACGGAAGGCAACAUCUUGCAGUUUUUGGCGAUCAUCGAGCAACGCAGCAACGACUUGGUGGAGCAGUUUACACGGCGGCUGCAGCACAAACACCCGCAAAACCUGGCCACGACAUCCUUGGGGGCCCACCUUCAGCCCAGCGACCCGAACCGCGCCAACGGGCUGCACCUGAAUUUCAACUUGAACCAGGCGCCGCCGUUGCUGACUUCGCAUGAUGCCAACAGUGGUGACCCAGACAACAACAGCGGCGACGAGGACGACAGCCUCGUGCCCGUGUCCACGGCGGAAUUGCAAAGGAAAGCAGCGAAGACACUUGCUAUGCAACUAAGCAAUGCCAAGAUGUCCCCCACCCGAAACAAGAAGAAGAAGCAAAAGUAAUAGCACAAUCUGCAAUUUAGUACCGAGAAUCGGAUCAUCGGAUGUACCCACACCAUCCAUUGCAUGGAUGAGAUGCCCAUGUAUUUGACGUUGGUCCUAGUACUCCACAGCAUGAGCUAAGCUAUGCUGACGAUGAUGGUAGGUAGUAAAGUUCAAUCUACGGG